UAAUCAACACUGCAGCGUCAUACAAAUGCACACAAACCAGGCAACUCGCUUAAAUCUUACUUUUCUGCACACUGUUAGCUAAUAUUUUUGUCAGAUGGCUAAAGUAGUGGCACAGUCUCAUUAUAUAUUCGGGUUGCGGACAGGAGUGAAGAAUAAUUUGUUGUAUUUUGAUGAACAAACCAUCAUAUUUCCGUGCGGAAACAAUUGUGUGCGCUAUAACAUCGAUCAGAAAUGGCAGAAGUUUAUUCCAGGUACAGAGAGAAGUCAGGGCAUGAAGGCCUUGGCCAUCAGCACAAACAGGCGUUAUCUGGCUGUGUCUGAAUGUGGAGAGAAAGCCACCAUCACUGUGUUUGACCUACAGCAUGAGCAGAACAGGAAGAGGAAGGUGUUGACUGGAGGAGAGAUCCCGGUGGAUGAGUUUGUCUGUAUGGCCUUUUCCCCAGACUCAAAGUAUCUGAUCGGUCAGGCAGGUGGGCCAGACUGGACUCUUUUCCUCUGGAUGUGGGAAAAGAAGAAGGUGAUGGCCACUGUGAAGACAAGCAACAGUGGCUCCAUAAACCAGGUCAGCUUCAACCCUCAGGACAACACACAGAUCUGUGUGAGCGGCAACGGGGUGUUCAAGAUCUUCCGCUUUGCUGGAGAAACCCUGAAACAGUCCAGCACAUUUAAAACAGACUCCCAGAACUUCCUGUGCCACACCUGGAUAUCCACGGAGAAGGUGAUUGCCGGCACAGAGACAGGUCAGCUGAUGAUGUUUGAAUCAUGUCGCCUACGUUGGGAGACGAGUGUGGCAUCUGUGCAGAAGGUUAAGAGUCAGUCAGAAAAGCAGGAUUCAAAUGAGCCCUCCUCCAUCCUGCCGCGGGUGACAGCCAUUGUGGGUUAUUCUAGUGGAUUUGUUUGCUCCGCUGGUCCUGGAACUGUGUGUUUGUUUGAGAAAAUAGAGGAAGACCAGUACAAGAAGACCAAAGAUAUAAAGAUUCCUCCAGAGAUGUUCAGUAAUGAUCCCAGUUCUGCAGAGCAGCAGGAAAUCAGUACUCUGUGCAUCAGUCCAUCAGAGGACACCCUGGCCGCCAGUACAGACCGCGGGCAGCUCUACAGCAUCAAUCUCUCCGUAGUUGAUUUAGCAAAGGGUGAUCAUGCUCAUUUUGAGUACCUGUCUCAAUCGUUCCAUUCCAGCAUUAUCACCGGUUUGUCCACCUGCAUCCGCAAACCGCUCAUUGCCACCUGUUCCCUGGACCACUCAGUGCGCAUCUGGAACUUUGAGACCAAUGAUUUAGAGAUGUACAAGGAGUUCCAGGAGGAAGCCUACAGCAUAGCUCUUCACCCCACUGGACUCUACAUCCUGGUGGGAUUCUCAGACAAACUCCGUUUCAUGACUCUGCUCAUCGAUGAUAUCAGGACUUUGAAGGAGUUCACUGUACGCAGUUGCCGUGAGUGUGUGUUCAGCAAUGGGGGCCACUUGUUUGCUGCUGUCAAUGGAAAUGUGAUCAACAUCUACUCUACUACCACAUUUGAGGACGUCCUGAAUCUGAAGGGACACAAUGAAAAAGUGCGAGCCAUAGCAUUCAGUGCAGAUGACAGUCGUCUUGUGUCAUGUGGCAUGGAUGGGGCCGUGUACGAGUGGAAUACUCUCAGUGGUACCCGAGAGUCCGACAGCGUGCUCAAGACCUGUAGCUACACAGGGGUCACCAUCUCCCCUGACGCAAAGACAUUCUUUGCUGUUGGGACAGACUGCACUCUGAAGGAAAUCAAAGACAGUCAGAUCUUUAAGGAAGUGCCUUCAGGUCAUGUGGUUUGCACCACUGUUGCUAUGUCUCGUUCAGGACGAGCAAUCUUCAUUGGAACCUCCACUGGGACGGUGAGGGCCAUCAAAUACCCUCUCCAGAAUGACUGGCUAGAGUACCAGGCCCAUGCUGGCCCUGUCACUAAGAUGGUUAUCACUUUUGAUGACCAGUUCCUCCUAACAGUCUCAGAAGACAGCUGUCUUUUCAUCUGGAAAAUCAUUGACAAAGAGGGACAAGGGUUGAAAAGAGAGAAGGAAUUAAUAUACACAGAAGAGAUCCUCGUCACUAAAUUAGACCUUGAAGAAAAGAAUAAAAAGAUUCUGGACCUGAGCACAAGAGUGGAUGAGCUCCAGAAGUAUAACAAGCACCAGCUCAGCCUCAUGGACAUUAACUACAAGAACUACAUCAAUGAACUCACUGAAAAAUGUCACCAACAGAUCAGUUCACUAAAUGCAGAGAAAGAGGUCAUGAAAACAGAAAAAGAGAAACAGCAAGCCGCCCAUGUUAAAGCUCUGUCAGAAAUCUUAGAGAAACAUGAUAAAGAGCUGCAGGACAUAGAGUCAGCCAAUAACCAGAAGCUCAUGUUGGAAUAUGAGAAAUACCAGGAGCUACAACUGAAGCUUCAUAACGUUCAGCAGGAAUGUGAGCAGCAGCUGCACAGCAUGGAGGAGAGCAAGACCCGAGCCCUGGGGGAGAUGAUGCAGUCUUAUGAGGCCAAGCUGGAAGAGAAGAUGAAGCUGCUGAACCAGUUUCAGAAUGUAUCCCAGCAGCGGGUUCGGGAAUUUGAAGAAUACAUAAAGCAAGAGGAGGUGGACGCAGAUAUUGAAAUCCAUGACAUUCGCAUGAAAUAUGAGCAAAAUUUUAGGGAAGAAAAAAAAGCCAACUCUAUGCUCAAAGUGGAAUUAGAUACCACAACAAAGUCGUUUCAUGUCCUGCAGAAGGAAAUUGAUAACAGGAACUUGGAGAUUGAGAAGGUGAAGCAGGAAGUGCAGAAGCUGCAGGCGGUGAUCAAAUCACUGGAGAACGACAUCACUAAGCUGAAGGCCGAAAUUAAGAAUAAAGAUGAAAUUAUGCAGAACAAGGAAAAGAGCAUCAUAGAUCUAAAUAAGUUGAAUACCUCACUUAACAAAUCACUCGAAGUGAUGAAGCACAGGGCUGAAUAUAUGGAGGAGGAGAUUGCACCAAAAGAGAGUCAAAUCGAAGAGCUGAAGGAGCAGAUGCAGGAGAUGGAGGGAGAGUUGAAGGAGUUCCAUAAGACGAACACACAACUGGAACUGAAAAUUGAUGAACUGAACUUGAAAUUGAAAACCAAAGACAAAGAAUUACACAAAGAAAUGAAGAAGGUGCAGGACCUUGGGGUUCUAGUACAGAGAUUUAAAGCUGACAUUCACACAUGUGUGGAAUGCAUUCAGGACCCAAAAAGUUUAAAGGAAAACAUUCGAGAGCUCCAUAAAUGUUAUGUUCAGCCAUCAGAUGUGGUAGAGAAAGUGAAGGUGCACACAGAUAUCCAGAGGGAAAACAGCAAACAGAGGGAGCGCUAUGAGAAGAUUAUCUCUACUCUGAAGAACCAGCUUAGCAGAGAUGCAAACGUCUUCCAGGCCAACAAUACAAAGCUCAUGAAACACAACGUAGUUCUUAUGAAAGAGAUCAAUGAUCUGCGUCAGGAGCUGCGCACAGUCAGAACAGAGCUGCACAACUAUGAGAGUCAAUGCAACUUCAACAAGAACAUCAAGGGCUCUCCUAAUACAAGAGGUGCAGCUUCAGCAGGGAGGACUGGCUUGAUGACGCAGCAGAAUUUUGAAGAAGCAGAGAAAAUCAUCCAGUUUCAGCGACUGGAGAUCCAUAGACUCAAGCAGGAGAUUCUCGGCCAGACACCCUCAUCCAGAACAAAACUACCACCACUUGCCAACUGAAUGUAUUUCUUGUUCUCCAUGCCUGAAUAAAGUGUGUCAAAUAU